AUGGCGCGCACUUCUCUCCUCAGACCCCUCUCAGCCCUCGCAGCUUCCCGCUCCGCCUUCGCCCCCUCCGUCACCCGCGCAGCGAGGUUCAUCAACACUGGGCCCACACAUGCGGCCGGCGAGGCUGGCAUCGACUACCGUGUAUUGGAGGGCAUCGACGGCUUCCUGCCAAAGGAGAACUUUGACAGGAUCACAGAGUGGCAGGGAGGUCUCUGGGAGAGGCUCCAGAGGGAGGUCAACAACAACCCUGCGCUCGCCGAGACCAAGCAGAAAUGGGACACCAAGGGCCUCGAUAUUGUCGACCUCCUCGGCGUUUCAGCAAGAGAUAAAAGCUUGAGCUUGACUUACAAUUAUGCUGCUCUUUUGGCCAACAACUCUUUCUUCUUGGACACUCUUAAUCCCGAUGCGAAGAAGACCCCUGAUGCCAAGUUUGCUUCUCUGCUGGAAAAGCUCGAGGGCUACGCUGAAGGUAUCGUCGGUGGUGGCUGGUUAUGGAUCGUCAAGACCGGCGACCGUGAAGAGGACAUUGACAUCAUCCCCACCUUUGCUUCCGGCACCCUUCUCAUCCCCGGUCGCGCCCAAUCGUCCCGCGCAGCCCAACUCUUCCAACAACCUCUCCACUCUUCCACCUCCCUCCCUGAAUCCUCCUUGCCCGCUUCCGACGCCGAGGCCGCCCCCGAAGCUCCCCCAAGCAAAGCCGAACAGACCAGGCUCGCUAAAAAGACCGUCGGCGCCUACCCCUCCCCUCUCGCCGUCGUCAACCUUUACGAGCUCGCAUGGCUCGGUGACAAGUAUGGUGUAUGGGGAAAGAAGGAGUAUGUGAGGGAUUGGUUCAACAGUCUGGACUGGGAGAAGGUGAAGCAGAGGCAUGCUCAAGUUUAUGCUUGA